AUGGACUAUUCACUGGAGAAUCAUAAAGAUUACAUCGGAAAGCACGUCUCAGAGCUUCCUACACCAUCGCUGGUUGUCAAUCUGCCUGUUCUCAAGACGAAUGUCGAGACGUUACAUCGCGAUGUUGAGAAGCUCGGCAUUGGCUUCAGACCUCAUGUCAAGACAUUGAAGUCUCUUGAGGUGACACGGUUAAUGAUGGCGGAUGGGAAAUACAGAGGAAUCAUUGCCUCCACCAUCCCUGAGAUCAAAGGUGCUUUACCCCUGGUGAAAGAGGGCAUCUUGGAAGAGUGUCUGUAUGGUCUACCUGUCUAUCCUGGUAUCCUGCCCAGGUUGAUUGAGUUGCGAAAAUCGCUACGUAUCAUGCUCAUGGUCGACAAUGAGCAACAGGUCGAGUUCCUCGAAGAGUCGGCUUCAAGCAAGCAGCCCUGGGAUGUCUUUAUCAAGCUCGAUGUUGGAUCGCGCCGAGCAGGCGUUGAAGCCAACAGUGCUGCACUGAACCGCUUGGUAGAACACGCGCAGAAGUCGUCUGCUAUUAGUAUCUACGGAUUCUACUGUCACGCGGGUCAUUCGUAUGGAGGUCGAUCGCGAGACGAGGCCGAGAAGACGCUCAACAUAGAGGUGUCGAGUGUCUUAGCCGCAGCUAAGCUUCUACCCUCUGAUCGCCAGCUUGUCAUCUCCGUCGGCAGCACACCAACAGCGCAUGUCGUCGAAAGCCUCAAGGCAUCAAUGCCAGAGAACAUCAAGCUCGAGCUUCAUGCAGGCAACUUCCCUUGCAACGAUCUCCAGCAAGUGUCAACUGGUCUUGUGACAGAGACACAACAAUCCGUGUCGGUAGCUGCUGAAGUAUGUAGUGUGUACCCGCAGAGGAACGAAGCGCUCGUCAACGCAGGUGUAAUCGCGCUGUCGCGUGAGGCCAGCGCCUUUAGCGGAUUCGGCCGAGUGGUGGGCAGUCCGGCGUGGGGUGUGGUCCGAUUGUCGCAGGAGCAUGGGAUCCUGGGGACGAGCGAGGGACGAAAGGUCGAUGAGGACUUCAAGGUUGGACAAAAGGUUCAGCUGUGGUGCAAUCACGCUUGUAUAGCUGCUGCUGCGUUUUACGUGUAUUAUGUUGUCGAUGAGCAGAGCAUUGUGAGGGACACAUGGAUUCCUUGGAAGGGGUGGAUAACACAUCCCCAGCAACUCGAGUCUACUCUCUUAUUCCCCUCUCUACCCCGCCUUACCAUCAUGUCUUACGCCGACGUUGCUGCCAGUGGCCCCAAGCAGAGCCCUGAGGAGGCUGCUGCCCCUCAACCUCCUCAGGUCAUCACUGACGAGUCCGCCUCCACCGCCUCUUUGGUCGAUGUUGAUAUGCCUAGCGUGCACACUGUCCCCAACGACUUCCUUGAGCAGGAGAUCAAGACAGAGACCCAGGCUGCUCGCAUAGAGCGAGAAGAGGAGGCUCGCGAGGAGAAGCGAAAGCGUGACGAGGCUGCUGCUAAGGCCAAGCGCGCCGACAACUGGCUCAUCCAACAAUUCUCUCGCCUGUCGGAUGGAAGUGCUACUGGUCUUGUCAUUGCCAACUUUGCUACCGUUGUCGGUCUUGGCGCAUACCUUGGCUACAAGGGCUGGGGUCUCUACGAGAAGGGCAAGCUUGACUGGAAGGCCGUCACUCUCGGUGCUGGUAUCCUCGCUGGCGUGACAGCUGCCGAGGGUGCUGUUGGACGAUAUCUGUACAAGGGCAAGAAGGGCGGCUCCUAG